ACGGUUGCACGUCCAGAAACACGAGGCAUAUUUUUGUCGUUUUGUGAUGGACGGGUAAUUCCGCAAAGGAUGCUUACACCAGUAUUUGAAUUGAGCCAGGAUGAUGAUUUUGUGGUAGUGAUAAUUAAGACUGCGUAUGUCAAGGUAUCGUUAAAUUUUGUAUAAAGAAGGUAGUCUCAUGCAUCGGUGUUAAACGUCGGGUCCUGUUUUUAUUCAACUUUUUCUUUAUCAGAAUUUUUUUAAUGCCCUUCAGCGUGCAAAGAAAGUCGUUUCCGAUAGCCCGGGACUAGUGGAUUUUGCAGUUGGGCUAGUGAAUCCUGUUCUUAACGUGUCCGCAGGGCAAGUGGUUUUUUGGGGGGGAAAUUCAAAAUACAGAAGAACUGUAAUCAGUGCUGCUCAUGAAAACGUUUUUUGGACUACUUUAAAGACUCUUGGGCUAGUACAUACUAGCAACAACUUGCCCAAAUGGCAAGCUGUAAAACCAAAUUUCUUUGCACCCUGUGCCCUUACUUUAUUCUUUCAUUUAUCUUCAGAUUGCUGAUGUUGAUUUCUGCAUUAAUGGCACAGAAUUCAAGUUUUACGUGAAGCCCUAUUUUUUAGGUGAGCUGGAGACGCCUUCUAUAUCAAAUUGGAAUGUAGAAGGAAUGCUGUUUUUUGAGAACACAAGAAAACCAGGGUACAUGGAGAAAAAGUCUCUCCAAGCAGAGAUAACUAGCUAGCAGCUAACAACGAGCUUAGCCUACGUAUGGCAUCAGCUUCGGGAUGUCGACCCAGGCCACAUUGGCGGGAGGCAAUCUCAUACCCAGAGUCUUCUGACUUUUUGGUCAGUGAUCCCUGUAGUUACCCUGCUGACCAAGAAGCCAGAAGACUCUGGGACAGGUAUGAGACUGGAUGGGAGAUGAUUGAUCUCACCACUUCAUCAGCCCUGCUCACCACUCCAGGAACAGUAGAGCUGGUGGGGAAGGAGCCCCCCUCCCCCAACAACAACGUUUUAAAUUUAAUGCACGGUCAGGAAACAAUUAAGCAACUGACUUUACCAAGACUGAAUUUUGACUGAUCAACCAAGACUGAAUUUGCCGGGAGAACUAUUACUUUGACUUCUAUGUAGGUCAAAAAUACAUGGAAUGCUUAUUGGUAGAUUUUUCUGAUUUUAAUCGAUGAUCGAUCGGUUGGGGCAAUCCGAUUAUUUCCAGUGAUCGAUUGUGAAAUCUCAACUGAUUCCCACCACUACUCCAAGAAGGGAGUCCCUGUGGUUUGAUUCUUGUAAGGGACCGCUAAGUCUUUUCAUUUUGUGUGGUUGCUUAAAUUAAUUAAGGGAAAUUUGACCGUGCUAACUACUAUCUUGUAAAAGAAAUUGUCUAUAUUGUAAAGACUUUCUGAUUUAGAUAUUUUUUGUGUAUUUUGCCAUGGACGAAACUGUAAAAACAGCAUUUACCGGCUAUCCACUGUAAGUGUAAGUAAUCAUUCUUUCACAUUUAUUUUAUUGUAGGAACAUUUUCAGUUAAGCUUCCUAAACUUAAUUCAGGAGGAUUGUGUGAGGGUUUGGACCUGCUAACUACUCUGUUGGCUCCCAAGAAAAAUUCCCCUGUGACAGUCAAGCCACUUAUAAGUGAACUCACUGGUAAGCACAUUUACUUUAUGUUCUAGACUGGGACAGAUUGGAUCCUCAACAAUCACUCUGUUUCACCUUAGGGUUUCAUUAGUCUGCAUGUGUAAUGUAACCCCUUCCAGUGGUAUCUGUAAAGCAGAAGCAUCCUUGUUAUGGGUCCUUAAUGUACUUAACAAAUUACCUAUGAGGCAGAUUGACAAUGUUCUUUUUAUUUUAAAAAGCUAACCAUUGCACUUUCUUUAAUCGCGCUACACAGCUGUAGGCCUUGAACAAGAAAAAUUUAUUGAACCUUUGGUGUUGUAGUAUUGUUGAUACAUGUUUCAUCUGUGCCCACUUCUGUGCGUGUUAUAGUGAAAGGAAAGGAAAACAUUGUUUCCCCAUUCAUUCAACCAUGGCAGGAUUAGCUCAGUUGGUAGAGUACUUGACUGCAGAGUGGGAGGUUGCAGGUCAAUUCCCAGGGCCGGACCAAUACUCAGGGUCUUAACAUAACUGAGAAAUGAAGGUGCACUGUACUCCCUUGCACUGAAAGCGGCGUGACCUUCACAUGGCUCAAAUGUCCACGUAAAAUGGCCAGUAGGUUUACAACUCAGGAGAGAAACCAGUUAUCGAAGUGGCGCCGGGCGGACACACUGAUGUAGCUAGUGAGGACCAUUAAUUAUUCUGUGUACAGGUGAACCUCCAUGUGCGACCACCUCCGGUAAAGGACCGCCAAUCCAAAACACCAAAAGUUUUCCCAGUCAAAACCUCACAGUUAGAAGCUCAAACGACCACCUCCUGUAAGCGAAC